UGGGCAGCCUCGGCCCCUGUGCGUAGUGCGUGUCUCUGGCCCCGUGUGGGUUGCGAGGACUGCUGGGAAGAUGGCGGGCGCGGGCAUGGCCGCGGUAGCGGCGUGGGGACCCUGUCGGAGCUGGGGCUGGGCAGCCGUCUCCUCUGGCUCCCACCAUGGCCUCAGCGCGUUGCUUGCUCGGACGCCCCAGCGGGCGCCACGGUGUCUCCCAGCUUGCAGACAAAAGACAUCACUCUCUUUCCUUAAUCGACCAGACCUUCCAAACCUGGCUUAUAAGAGGCUAAAAGGCAAAAGUCCAGGAAUUAUCUUCAUCCCUGGCUAUCUUUCUAAUAUGAAUGGUACAAAAGCAUUGGCGAUUGAAGAGUUUUGCAAAUCUCUAGGUCACGCCUACAUAAGGUUUGACUACUCAGGAGUUGGAAGUUCAGAUGGCAACUUACAAGAAAGCACAGUGGGAAAAUGGAGAAAAGAUGUUCUUUCUAUAAUUGAUGACUUAGCCAUUGGACCCCAGAUACUAGUUGGAGCUAGCCUUGGUGGGUGGCUCAUGCUUCAUGCUGCAAUUGCCCGACCAGAAAAAGUUAUGGCUCUUAUUGGUGUAGCUACAGCUGUAGAUGGCUUAGUGACACAGUUUAAUCAGCUUCCUGUUGAACUGAAAAAAGAAGUAGAGAUGAAAGGUGUGUGGGCCAUGCCAUCAAAAUACCAUGAAGAAGGAAAGUAUCACAUUCCAUACAGUUUCAUUAAAGAAGCUGAACAUCACUGCUUGUUACAUAGUCCAAUUCCAGUGAACUGCCCUAUAAGGUUGCUCCAUGGCAUGAAGGAUGAUGUCGUGCCUUGGCAUACAUCCAUGCAGGUUGCUGACCGAGUACUCAGCAAAGAUGUGGAUAUAAUCCUCCGAAAACAUAGUGAUCACCGAAUGAAGGAGAAAGCAGACAUUCAACUUCUUGUUUACACAAUUGAUGACUUAAUUGAUAAGCUUUCAACAAUAGUUAACUAAUACCACAUUUUUAGGUAGCAUGUAAACUAAUAUAUCCACAAAAUUGAAAGAGGGAUAACAAAUAAAAGAUCCUGAUACUUUAGGUUUUUCUCUCUUACCAGUGUUUUGUAAAUAUCAGUUAAGUAUGUAUUUAAUGGUGUAUUUGUACAAGUAAUACAAAUUGUGAAGAAAGUACCAGCUGCUAUUCAGAAAACUUUUCCCUUGAUUUUUUUCAUUCAAGUAUUUCCUGUUUUUUUAAUUCAGACAAAGUUUACCUUUUUUACACUUAUGUUAACCCUGCCAGUUCUUAAUUGCAUUAUCUUUUGCUUAAGGUUAUUAGUAAAACUUGAAUAUUUUGGUUUUUGUUUCUUAUAGAUGUAAAUUUGUACAAUAACUUAUGAUUUUAAAAUGCAGUUCAAAAAUAUAAGAAAAUGUUUAUUGAAAUAAAUUUGAAAUGAUUAGAAAAAUGUCUGAAGCAUAAUAAACUUCACAAAAUAAGAAUAUAUGUAACAAAGUAUAAUUUGUAUUAUAUAAGCUGCACAUUAUGUUCAAACUUAAGAUUUUACUUUUCAAAAACUCAAAACUUUUUAGUAAUACCAAUAUACUUCUGAAAUUUGGCUUAUAGGUCAUAUACUUAUUUAAAUGGGAGUUUCAACUUAAUGUAGCACCUUUAUGUUCUGAUUAAUAAAACACUGAUUUUUAUAUAUUAUUACCUAAUUGCAGAAACAUUCAUAAUUUUAUUGAUUUUGCCUUAAGUACUAGCUAGCCAAAUGAUUGCUACCUAAGUCAGCUUUCUGAAGUGUAGAGAUCCGUAAGAAAAUAUGAAAUGCAGGUUUGAAGGUUUUUAUUUUUUAAGUAACUAAAACAAGCCUGUGCAGUAGUCAGCCUUGAUAAUGAGUUGACUUUUUUUUUUUUUAGCUAUUAAUUUUGACUGGACUUUAUUUAGCCUAUUUAAGUUAUGUUUGUCAAACCUUUUAUUAAGUUGACAGCAUGACAUAAAUAUGUAUAUAAAAUAAACAGUCAAAUACUUAUUUAACUUACUAAUGAGUUAACAGCAGUUAGUAAACCUGAUUCAAAGGACAAUUCUAGAAACUGAGUAUAGUGCAAGAAAAAAAAAUGUUAGCAGACCUGACUACUUAUCCUUAGAGACCAGCUUUACAGGGUUGGCUCUUGGCCUAGCAUCUGGGAACUUGGAUUUCAGGGUGCUUUCGCCAUUCCCAGAACUGAUAAAAGUAGUUCACUAUACUUGAACUGCCCAUACAAAAAUGGGGUUUGUACUGAACACCUGCUUUCCUUCUGGGAAUCAGGAAUUUUGAUGUUCCAGGCAGAUAGUGCUCUAUGUGACCAGUUCGCAGUAACAACCCUGGGCUCUUGGUCUCUAACAGGCUUCCUUGGUGGGCAACGGUUCACAUGUGCUAUUACAGCUCGUUGCUGGGAGAACUAACCUCAUCCUGUGUGACUUCACUGGGAGAGGAUUCUUGGACGCUUGCUCCUAGUUUCCCCUGACUUCACCCCACAUGCCUUUUUCCUUUGUUGAUUUUGCUUUGUAUCCUUUCACUCUAAUAAAUCAUAGCUGAGUUUCCUGAAUACUAAUAAAUCA